UUCGCUGUUGUAAGGUUGUCAUUUCGUCCAUCUAUUCAAUAACGUAAUAGAUGAAUGAGAAAUAAUUAACAUUAUUGCAGCGAAGCCAAAAAAAAAUCUCCUUUCCGAAACGAUUGCCGGGGCGCUAUUUAUCGAACGUGUCUGACCGUGGUGAACGCUUUUAAACACCGCCAUCGCCAUGAUCGAUGUGGAAAACAAAGAUGGCGGAAUAAUACGGUGAUCAUAACCAAACGCUCUGAAUUUUUGUAGUUAUGUACAUUAGUGGGCGGAGGUGGCAGCGGUGUCGUGGUGUCUAAGAGAGGGGGAGCUCCAUGGUCCGGCCGGGGUGAUGCCGCCGCGGCCAGCGGCUAUGGCGGCUGAGGAAAACCGUCCCCCACUCGCUCUGUUUACCGCCGUCUACGACUACGUAGCGCAGGGGGAAGACGAGCUCUCCCUUCGCCGGGGGGAGAUCGUCGAGGUCCUGUCUAAAGAUGCGAACAUAUCGGGUGACGAGGGUUGGUGGACGGGAAAGAUUGGGGACCGUGUGGGAAUAUUUCCCGCGGUAUACGUGACAGAAGAAGACCCGCUGGCCGUCACGUCUGUCAUAGGAGAUGUGGACCCCCCUCGAGUGUCGUUCUCUGAGCUUAAACUCGAGGAGGUGAUCGGCGUGGGCGGUUUUGGUAAAGUGUACCGUGGUUAUUGGAAUGACGAAGUGGUAGCGGUAAAGGCCGCACGCCAGGACGCAAAUGAGGACAUUGAAGUUAUCAAAGAGAGUGUGCUGCAAGAAGCAAAACUGUUUUGGAUGUUGCAGCAUGAAAAUAUAGUGUCGUUAAAAGGUGUUUGUUUGGAAGAGCCUAAUUUGUGUUUGGUGAUGGAGUAUGCUCGUGGUGGCCCACUUAAUAGGGUGCUAUCUGGGCGGAAGAUACGACCUGGCAUUCUCGUCGACUGGGCUAUUCAAGUCGCUCGCGGUAUGGCGUAUCUCCACGUCGAUGCACCUAUUUCUCUCAUUCAUCGAGACUUAAAGAGCUCAAAUGUUUUGUUAAGUGAGACAAUAUUAACAGACGACAUGUUGGAGAACAAAACCCUGAAGAUUACGGACUUUGGUCUUGCCCGUGAGGUCUACAAAACUACUAGAAUGUCUGCAGCUGGGACUUACGCCUGGAUGCCACCUGAGGUGAUAAAGAACUCGACGUUUUCCCACGCUUCAGACGUCUGGUCAUAUGGGGUUUUACUUUGGGAACUACUCACGGGUGAGACACCAUACAAAGGCAUCGAUGCGUUAGCAGUCGCUUAUGGGGUCGCCGUCAACAAACUCACGCUGCCCAUACCCAGUACGUGCCCGGAGCCUUGGAGGGUACUUAUGGAAGCCUGCUGGCAUUCGAACCCUCGAGAACGGCCGUUAUUCCCGGAAAUCCUGGAACAGCUGGAACGAAUCAGACAAUCGGAAUUCACUCGCGCACCUCACGAAAGUUUUCACACAAUGCAAGAUGGAUGGAGAAUAGAAAUUGAAGAGGUUCUGAGGGAUCUAAGGAGAAAAGAGAAGGAGCUUCGAUGUCGCGAAGAAGAACUCACCAGAGCCCAGCUCCAGCAGAGGCUGGUAGAACAGAACCUCGCCCAGAAAGAGAGGGAGUUGGAGAUGAGAGAGAUCGAUCUGGCAGCUCGUGAAUUGCACAUACUAAUAUUCGCUAGUAAUAUGUCGCAACAACCGCCGCAGCCUAACAAACGGAAAGGCAAAUUCAGCAAGAUCCGUCUGCUGAAGAAGGACACGAUCUCCUCGCCCUUGGACUUUCGUCACACGCUGACCGUGAGGCCCAACGACGAAGCCAGCGUGAAGCAGUUAGUCGCCGUGGCCAAGGACACGCCGCCAGGAUCACCCGCGAUCAUGCGGGCCAUCGCUCUGCCCGCGGACGGCGUGAAAGGCAAGACUUGGGGACCGUCCACCGGCCACACGCGCACGCGCACGCACCUGCCGCUGCCCGCCCUCCGCGCCCGUUCCCACCGCCCCUCCGCCUCUACCUCCGCCCCCCACCUCUCGCCCGCUCGCGCCUCGCCCGCCCGGCAUCCCGGUUGUUUUCUUCCUUACACAGACUUCAGUCCGGACGAAUGGGGUCCAGAGUACCCUCUCGGGACGUCGUCGAGGUAUACGAUACCCAUGCCCACUCUCUAUAGUACGGAAGGUUAUAAGUUUAAAAAGCCGAGUAUAAUCGAGCUGGUGCUAUACAAUAUGGCGGCGCUGUUGGGCGGCGUGGCUGCCGGAUAUGACGUCAGAGUCUCCAACGUCAGCCCACUACAUCCUACUCUACAGCCACACAGAGCGGAGGUAGAAUCGGACAUGCUGAGUCCGUCAGUGUACGAGGGAUUCGGUUUCGCGCACAACACCUACCACGGACCCACCAGGCACGUCCGAGCACCACUCAACGCUCUAACAGAUCCCAUAUCCAGCCUACAAGUGGAAGAUCAGAAGCCCCUCCGAUUCACCGACUCUCCCACGCAUUACGCGCACCCUUCCUCUUCCUCCGGAUACGGCCAUUCCGCUCAACCCCUCUCCGGCACUUCCGGCCUCGGGACCAACUACACUUCGACCCAACCGACUCCCUCUCCCAGGAGAACCUCCUCCACUUCGGAUCAUUUAGCCGAUCUGUACCAGAACUACCGAGAGAACUUCCAACCUUCCCCUUCCCAAGAGAGGCAGGACUUCUUCUACAGACCGGACUACUACGAUAGGACCGCCGACUACGUGGUCAAACACCCGUACUACGGGUACGACGAGUGCUCCUUCGAAUACCGGGAGUCGACCCCCGACUACAGGUUCACGCACCGACGGACCCCGUCCAACUCCUCCGCGUCCAAUUCGCACCCCGAAGAAUUCUCCCCCAAAUUCCAAAAGCACCCCAAAGACUACCGCCCCAAAGGCGAGUAUCCUCGAAAGAACGACUACUCCCUUCCGAGGGACUUCUAUCGGGAGGAAGCCGAGCGGCCGGCAAAUUUGGGGCUGGAAUCGGGACCCGCGAAGCUGAGGUCCAGUCUGAAAAAGUACAAGAAGUCUUCGGCGUCGGGGGGCAGCUCCGGGGGGGGGACCCCCACCAAUCCCACCCCGCCGGAUAGCUUGACGAGCGAAACGGACAGCUCCUACGUCUCCGCGAGGGACGUCUCCGUCGGGUCGCAGUCGAGAGUCAGAUUCAGUCCCGAAGCGAUGGAAGAUGGAGUGGCGCGUCGCGGCUCCCGGCACUCGUAGCGAAGGCUCACGAAGUUCGACGAUUACCUCGUGUGAUAUGCGAUCGCACGGCGCGUCGGACGACGUUUCGGCCUCGCCUUCGAGGAUGUGUCGGAGGUCUAUCUCUCUCUCUAUCAGCAUACGGUUUGUGCUUUCUACGUUCGCUGGACUCUGAACAUGUUCACGGCUUUUCGCCACGAUAUUUGAAGUGUAAUCUCUUAGAUUAAUUUUGUAUAACGACGUGAAUUUUGGUUAUCGAAAGUGGCCGAAGGACGAACUUAUUAUUAGGAUUUGAUUGUCCGAAAUAUUUUACAAAAUAAAACUAACCGUAGACACGUUAUAACAAGACUAUAACGGUCACGCUUUUAUUAGUUCACAAUAAAAUACGUUUUACACUCGCACUCGCUAAACACCAUUGCAAUUGGUAUUCGUUACACUCGCUCACCGUGAUCGUAAGUUUUAAGAUGUGUAUUAAACUCUCGUAAACGGAUAAUUUGUGUUUUUGUGAUCGUUAAAGAUGAUUAAAUGAACGUAUGUGAGAUUAUAAGUUUAGGAUUUGGCUGACGAAUGGCCUUUUGAGAUUUUUUUAUGUGUUCCAACCGAAAGGUUUCGAGUCAUAUUGUCGAAUCAUACCGUGAACAAUGUGUUUAUUCGUAAUGCAGAAUUGUAAUUAUCCACUUUUCGCGUGUUUUGUGUAGACACGAUCGCCUGGUACUCGAAUGUUUGUCGGGCACAAAACGUGUACAGUGUAAAUACGCAAUGUACAAGCUUCGUUUAUUUAACUGGCAUUUAGGAGUUUUUUUUUUUAAUAAAUAGUACAAAUAUGUUAAGGUACGUAGAACUGUAGUCGUGUGUAUAUUGAAAACUAUAUCGCGUUUUGUACAAAGUAUUGUAAUAUUUUUGACUGAAAUGUCGUUUGGCUGGCGCCUUAGAUGCCGCAGCGAGGUGCAUUCCGUCGAAUUAAAGGAAUGUGUAAAAAAUGUUUUUUUUAAAUGAAUUUGUGUGUGUGGCAGUGUUUUGAUAUGGAAUAGGCCGCUCGCUGCGGUCGCUAUGGCGCGACUCGGCCGCCGUGCGUAGCGUUAGUGGCUUUUGUAUUCGAGUUAUGUUUAGGUGAGAAUCGAAGUUACUAGUCGGCGUCGUCAUAAAAGAUGCAUUUUGCUGAGACGUGUCAUUUUUUUUUUUUCAAAUUCAUAUUCGUUUGUUUCUACCGAAUCGCUUUUUUCCCCACAUGUGAGACGAAUUUACGGAAUAUUUACGUAAAUAAGUACGUAAAAAGUAACACGUUUCUAAUAGUUUCGUCGUGACCAUACCUUGAUAUUAAAGUCGAUAUUAAGUACGCAUUUUGUACUGUGAAUGUCGAAUUUGACGAUUCGAGUUUCGUGUUGUGAUGGACCGAAGUCGCUGAUAUUGAGCGAAAUAAAUAUUUUUAUUACCGAGAAGUUUGAUUUUGGCGAAAGCUUGGAUUGUUCACUAGCGUAAUUAAGUGUAAGGUGUAUAUCAAAAGUAAUAUAAAAAUUAGCUUUGAUAUUAUUAGCGAAACCAGUGCCUCAUGUUUGCUGGCGAAGUGUGGAAGGUGAGUGAGGUGAGGUGGUGAGGAAUCGGCAUUUUCAAUUUUUAUAUUUGUAUUAUGACAGACAUUAUGCAAUGUGUUUUUAUUUGUGCAAUAUGCGGUAAUUAUUUGCGUCCAUUAUUUUUAUUUGAAACGUCGUGAAACAGUAUUGGAUACAGUAUUUCGAUCGGAAAUUAUUUAAAUGUAUAUAUUUUGAUCGUUAAGUAGCGCGUAAUUUGAGCUUGUCUGUGCCAAUAUUGCGCUUUGAAUUAUUUAUUUAGUACAAACCAAAACCUAACCAAAUUAUGUUAAGAAUCUCUCGUACUAUAAGUUUCAGAUUAGUCACAAAUUGUUUUCUCGAGUCGACGAAACGUAACCCUGUAGAUAUUCACGGCGCAAUUACUUAAACGUCUAGUCUUAAUUUUUAUUCGAGUUUUGUUUGGUUACAACGGUUUUGCGCUCUUUGUCCGAGUCUUUGAAGGCGUUUCGUCUUUCUUAUCUACCGGAAUAUAAUACUUAUCUAAAUCAUAGAAACUGUCUUCUCUCCGUGUAAGAGUGCAAAUCCGGGCAUUCCAUUAUUUUAAUUGAACAUUCCGUGGUGGUGUGAUAUCGAGCUCGUAGUGAGCGAAAGUAUUGAAGGUUCUGUGUGCCAAUGUAUUGGGAGAAUGCCUUACGUCUGUACGUUAAACCGACAAAUAAAAUAGAUUAAGCUUUUUA